AUGGGGUUCUCAGCUCUUCCACUUGAGAUGAUUUAUCUCAUCGCUGAAUACUUGGAACUCGAAAGCGACAUCAACGCUCUGUCACGGACAACGCGCCAACUGCACAACCUGCUGAACAAAUAUCUAUACAAGCAUAAUGUCAAACAUAACGGGGGUUGCGCGCUCGAAUGGGCAGCUCGGCAUGGGCGUACAUCUGUUGCUCAAAAAUCACUGGAAGCCGGAGCCCUGCUUUAUGCUACAGUCAACGAGUCCAUGCAGCCGAUAUGCCUGGCGUCUGCUCAUGGACAUGAUGCUGUAGUCAAGAUUUUCUUGGAAUGGGGUGUUUGUCCGAAUGGAGAAAAGGAAUGGUGGCCAAAGAGGCCGUGGCCCCUUGAGGACGAACCAUUUGAGAAUUAUUUUACCGGGGAGGAUCUACUCGAGAAUUUUGACUUUGACGCGUGGUUAGAGGACUCCCCGGUGAACGGGGACCAAGAUCCUAUCAUCUUGGCUAUUCGCUAUGGUCACGAGUCCGUUAUUCAACUGCUGCGUGCCCACGGUGGAAUGGCGAAUUGGGAUCAGGAUAAGGCCUCUGAGGCCUUAACUACUGCUGUUGAAGGUGGAAAUUUAGAGAUUGUGAAAACCAUCGCCCGGGAAUAUCCCGAAACUAUGAGCUACUUGGUCAGAGAAAAGAGGAGGCUACUCUCACUGGCUAAGAAGACAGAGAUUGCUUCCUUUUUGGUCAAUGCCGGGGUUCCUCUAGAUGGUGCAGAGCCUGGUUGGCUUACUCCUUUGAGCUGUGCUGUAGAGUCCUCCAAUGUGGAUCUCAUUCGGUUUUUGGUUGAGAGCGGAGCCUGUCCAACUCAUCCAUGGCCACAUGGAGUCACCCUUUGGCUAAUGAGGCGGGCUGCACAGAACUUUGAUGGACAGGAUAGGUCACUAGAAGUGGUCCAGUAUUUACUUUCCCAUGUCGACGUGGACAGCAAAAUCAACGCUGGGGGCGAAGAUAUGAUUAUACUUCUACUAGUAGCUGCUACCUGUGACUUUGAAGAAAUUAUAGAGAAGAUCUUGAAGACUGGGUGUCAUCCAGACACUACAGCCGGGCCUUGCCCAGAAUGGUUUGGGGAAUCCCGCACAGCACUUUCAUGGGCCGUGCAGAGGGGAAACGUCAGAAUUGCUAGGCUUCUGCUUGAAAAAGGCGCUGAUCCUAACAAACUCAAAGAAAGGGAAGAAACCCCACUAAUUGUAGCCUGUGAGACCGGAAACAUUGAUAUGGUGGUACUACUUCUUGAGCACGAUGUUGAUCUGAAUUGCAAAAAUAAGCAUAGAGAUCCCGCUCUUGUCACGGCCAUACCAUUCCCAGAACUGUUUAGUAUACUCCUUGAGAGAACAGCAGAUUCUCAGGUAGCCUUCGAUCAUGACGAGUUGAACCUGAUGGAAAUUGCUGUGAGAAGCGGAAAUGUUGCCAUGGUCCAAAUGCUGCUCGAUCGGGGGUUUUCAUUAGAAAGGCCCCGAGGAGUGUCAGAAGUGACAACCAUGGUAAGUCAAGCAGUCAGAGGAGGUGUCGCCAUGCUUGAAUUCUUGCGUCCAUAUGGUGUGGUACCAGUUGCUGGCAAUGCCGAAGCACAAAUUGCACUGAGAUGCGCCAUCCGGGCGGGACACACGUUGGUCACGAAAUAUCUCCUCGAUCAAGGGUUCGACCCAAAUCCAACGGCUUCUGAACUUCCAUCUUUCACUGAACAUCCUGCCUCCUACCUGGGAGACGCAGCAAACGCUGGUGAUCCUCAGGCAGCAGCAGCGACUCUUGACGUACUACUAUCUCAUGGUGCGAAUAUAGACAAAUUGGAUACAUUUUAUGCUUCGAGGCGCUCCGUUGGUCCUUUCAUGUCGGAAGGUCAGCUGACUGUCCUUCGACUUCUCCUCGAACGAGGGGCUUCUCCUCUGCCCGAGCAUAAGUUUGGCUCAUCAGCGCUGAAAGUCGCUGUGAAAGCAAAUAGCAAAGAGGCCAUUGAUCUCUUGCUAUCCUUUACCGAUGUACAUAGUCUUUCCCUUAAUGAUCUGCAUCGCAACUUGCUUUUGGCUGAAGGGAUAUUAACCGAGUGGGACAAAUGGCACUUGUCAGCGGCUCGGUAUACCAUCAGGCUCUGGAGGCAACUUUAUUGGCGCAAGAGGCAUCCGGUGCCCGCAUGA